AUGCCCGGUUCCAAGGCACGAUCGAUGGUCAAGCCUCCCGUGCGCCCGCGAGUCCGUCGCGAGCCACUGAAGGAGCGCCACACGCCACAGACCUCCAAUGUGGUGUCACCAGCCACACCUGAGCGGUGCCCUCGACCCGCCAGUCAUGAUGCCACACCAGCUCGCGUUCAAGCCAAUGCCUGGAAAGAGCAAGACCUCACUCGUGUUGCCCCGCGCCACAUGAACAACAGUCCCACGGUGAUUGCCAUCAACCCGUACAAGGCAGAUAAGGCUGACGACAGCGAUGCCAAUCGCCAGUUGCAGUACGCACAAGCUUCUUCGUUGGACACCGUUCCUGUGCACCUGUACACAGUCUCGGAGCGCGCCGUACGCCAGCUUCAAGCCUCGCAUGCUCGCCAGGCUAUCAUUCUCUCCGGUCAAUCCGGAGCUGGCAAGACCUACUCGGUGAGCCGCCUCGUAACUUACAUUGCACAGCGACUCUCGGGCGACUUCACAAAAAAUGGAGCAGACGCCAAUGUUAGCACAAUUCAAGAUCAGGUUGCAGCAACCGGGCCUAUCUUCCAGGCCUUUGGCAACGCGCGCACCGUCAAUAACCCCAACAGCAGUCGCUUUGGCAAAUAUUUGCGCUUGCACUGCAACGACCAAACCCAAGUAUCCAGCGCGUCUAUUGAGGUGUAUCUGCUGGAGACCAGUCGUGUGGUCCACCAGCAAACCGGGGAGCACAACUUUCAUUGCUUUCAUCAACUACGCUCUGCCUACGAGCAAGGGCUUGCGCCCUGGGGCUCAGAUGUUGUGUCCAAAGCCGAUGCUGAUGCCAUUUGGAGCCAGCAAACGAUCGUGCCCCCAACGCAUCCUGCAAGUGAGGCAAGCGCAGCUGGUUGGGCUGAACUGACGGCUGCACUCGGCUGUGUGGGCUUUGGAUCCACCGAGGUCCACCGCGUAGCUCAGGCACAGAAACAGUGCAAGCUUUCUCUACCCACUCACUUUGCAUUGACUUUCACUUUGCACGGCUGUAUCCGCCUGGCAACCCUUGAAGCUCCCGUCGACGCUCGCUUCGUGCAGCUUGCUGCCAAGCUGUUGCAGAUUGAUGCGCAUCAGCUUUCCAUCUACAUUUAUCACCACGCCAUGAUUGUUCGAGGCGACUCCUUUGUGUCGCCUCGAACCGUCGCUGAAGCUCGAGUCGUCAUCAGCAGCCUUCAGACACAGCUAUACCAGCUUCUCUUCAGCUUUAUCACUGACCGCCUCAACAGCACCCUGCGCCCGGCUCACGCAGCGGCCGAAGAGGCGACAUCAAUCGACUUGCUGGACAUCUUUGGCUUUGAGCGCUGUCAGACCAAUGGGUUUGAUCAGCUCUGCAUUAAUCUCGCCAAUGAGCAACUGCAAGAGCACUACUUGCAUCAGCUGGUUGAGAAUCAAGCGCAGAUCUUGCGUGAUGAGGGCAUCUGUGAGCUUCCAGCACAGCUCAAGCAAGAAACUUGCAUGGCGUUGCUGGCCGGUCGGGGAGGUAUCCUAGACUUGCUCGACGAAGAUAGCCGGCUGAAGCGCGUUGCAGCCACGUCGAAUGAAGCAGCUUUUGCCGAGCGUCUUCGCGGGCUCGCAGGCCCUUGGCUGCAGGAAGACCGUAGCCGUGAUGGAACCUUUGCCGUUCGCCACUACGCCGGCCGUGUUCACUAUGACGUUCUAGACAUGCCUGCUCAAAACAAGGCCAAGCCCUAUCAAGGCCUAGUCGAUUUGUUGGCAUCAACACGCUGCAGCCUAAUGCAAGCCAUCAUGCAGCAUGCCCCAACCUCCAAGGUUGGACAACGGCGCGUUGAUACUGUAUCUUCGGCCUACAAAAAGUCUCUCCGCCAGUUGUUUGAACAUCUGAGCUCCGUGCAAAGCCACUAUCUGCGGUGCAUGUCUUCAAACGAUGCCUGUGCCGCGUGGCACUUUGAACCAGAAACGGUCCGCACACAGCUCGAAGCCGCCGGCGUGCCCCAAUCUCUUGAAGUGUUUGCACAUGGACGUCCAGUGAUGUGCACGCUGCAGCAACUGCAAGCCCGACUUCCUGUCUUGAUUCGACCCGUGCCGUGCAAUUUGCAAGAGGCAGCUGCUCGUCUACAGGCUCAGCUUGGGCGCUGGCACUACUACAGCACCGAUGGCGCUUUGUCAACGGUCAGCAACGCCAAAGGCGCGCUGCAGAAGCUGAGCGCAUGGCAAAGGCCCAGCAGGUUGCAGAAGCUGAGCGCAUGGCAAAGGCCCAGCUUGCAGAAGCCGAGCGCAUGCACGCACAAGCAGCUGCAAAGGAGCCUAUCCACAAGCCUGAGGGCGCAAUGA